CGAAAAGCGUUUUAUCGCCGCCUGCGUCAUCGUAAGCCGCUCGCUCUCUCCCUCUCUCGUUUCUGUCCCCAGCGUCGUUGCGGAGUCUCGGGAAAUUUGCAUCACGCUGCUUCGGAUAACACCCCCCUUCCCAUUGGAAACGGGCUAAGAACCCAGCGUGAGGUCGAUCCCAGCGUAUCAAACCCCUGUAUAGGAUCACCCCUGGUUGCCGUGCUUGGUGCUGUGUAGCUGACAAGGUAAGAGCAGAGAGAACGGAUCGAGACCCCUGUGUGAGUGCGUGGAUUGGAGUACAGACGUGGUCCAUUGUGUGCGGUAUAUAAGCGAAGUAAACAACCCCUUGCUUGUUUGAAGAAAGAUGCAGCGGUACCUCCGUCAACUGUGUCAGAACCCCUUGGAGUCGAAGGAGCUCAAGAGACCUUCCCUUGCUGACAACACCGAGUAUCAGUCGAGUGCUUCGACGUUGGGGACGCUGAGCUCGCCUGCUAGGGAACGAGCCGCUGGUGAAGCAGAGCUUGCUGAAGUAACAGAGGAGACUUCUGUGAUGGCUGACCAGCAGACGCUGGAGACGUACAAGACGUCCAGGAGGAUCAAGGUCAACAGACGGAUCUACAAGGGCAAGGUGAAGAGUAAGCUGGACGACGUGAAGUUUGAACAUGCCCAUAGCAUUCUGGAUGAAGUUGACACUACAAAGUCCAAGUACAAGGGCUUCUACGUGAUGAUCUGGUUCUCCAUCGCCGUGACGAACUUGGACUUCAUGGUGAACCAUCUCCUGGAGCACGGGUUGGAGAGCGAUAUCCUGGCAACAAUGGGCAAAGACCUGACCGCCGUGGCGUUGACGGACCUGGCGAUGUACCUGUCAAUGUACUUUGUUGUUGUGGUCCAGAAGGCCAUAUGCUGUGGAUGGAUCACGUGGCACGGCUCCGGCUGGCUAGUGACAAGUGCUUACGAGCUGGCGUUUACUGUGUUCUUCUUAUACCUGGCACAGUGGAAGGACUUCCCGUGGAUUGGGAAGAUCUUCCUCUUCUUGCACUCGAUGGUUCAACUGAUGAAGAUGCACUCGUACUCCUUCUACAACGGGUACUUGUGGAACAUCGUCGAGGAGCUGAACGAGUCCAGGGGCCUCCUGAAGAAGUCAGACACGCUCUCGAAGGAGGUUGUUGACCAUUUGAAUGAGUCUGUGGAGUUUUGCCAGUCUGAGCUGGCGUCUCAAUCAACCACCACGCCGUUCCCUGGGAACCUGACGUGGGGUAAUUUCUUCCAGUUCACGAUGUUCCCGACGGUUGUUUAUCAGAUUGACUAUCCGAGAACCCCAAGGAUACGUCCGCAUUACCUGUUCAAGAAACUCGCUGCUGUGUUUGGUGUCAUCAUGCUGAUGAUUGUUGUCGCGCAGACGACUUUAUAUCCAAUUGCGAUGCGUGCCAUCAGCCUCAGAUCGCUGCCCUUAGCGGAGAGAUUGUGUCAUUAUCCACUGUUAUUGCUAGAUACCAUGCCGUCGUUCUUCCUGAUCUAUAUCCUGGACUUUUAUCUCAUCUGGGACGCUAUACUGAACGCAAUUGCUGAGCUGACACGGUUUGCAGACAGAGACUUCUAUGGUGAUUGGUGGAAUUGUACCUCGUGGUAUGAAUUCUCCAAGCUUUGGAACAAGCCAGUGCACAAUUUCCUGUUACGCCAUGUCUAUCAUUCGAGUCUAAGCGCUUUCCAGCUUAACAAACAGCAGGCUACGCUGCUCACCUUUCUACUCAGCUCAGUGAUCCAUGAACUGGCGAUGUUUGUGAUAUUCCACAAACUCAGAGGUUAUCUACUCAUCUUCCAGAUGCUUCAACUGCCUCUUAUUUAUCUACACAAAUUACCAUUCAUGAAGGAUAAGGAUACCUUGAACAACGCCCUCUUCUGGGCAGGAAUAGCUACAGGGCCUUCCAUCAUGUGUACAUUAUACCUGACUUUCUGAACCAAUUUAGAUGCUAUGGCCCCGAUGUAUAAUAGUCAAUUCAAAUCAUUAUAAACCA